UGAUGGAGCAGUAGAGUAGAUAGAUAGAGAUAAAAGAGGAAGUUGAGGCGGCGGGAGAGGAGAGGAGAGGAGACUGCUAGUAACAAACAGUAUCCUCCCUCCAUACUCUUCCUGCUUUGUGGUUUUAGGUUAAAUUAAAUAUGGCGUCUCAGUCAGGGAACUUAUGGGUCUUGUUGGGGCUGGGCUUGGCCGGAAUCUUCGUCCUCACCAGGAAGCUCAAGGAACACAAGGAGGAUUUAGGGGCUUUCAUUCAAAAGCUUCACCUGCUUCCUCCUCCUCAGCCCGCUCCCCCUAAAGCUCCUCACCCUCUCACCGCUCUCACCUUCGCUUUCUCCGACCUAUUUGACAUUCACGGACAUGUAUCCACUUUUGGCCAUCCCGACUGGGCAACCUCGCACCAACCUGCUUCUUCUACUUCUCCUGCAAUCUCUGCUCUUGUUCAAGCUGGCGCUACCGCUCUCGGAACCACUCUUGUUGACCCCUUUGCAUACGGUAUUACUGGCCAAAACAAGCAUUAUGGAACGCCCACCAACCCUGCUGUGCCUUCUCGACUGCCCGGUGGAUCCUCUAGUGGUGCUGCUGUCGCUGUUGCUGCUAAUUUUGUUCAUUUCUCAUUGGGUAUUGAUACUACUGGAGGGGUCAGACUACCUGCUGCAUUUUGUGCCAUUUUAGGAUUUCGACCUUCAUAUGCUGCUGUAUCUCAUGUGGGAAUCAUACCUGUUUCAACAAGUUUGGACACUGUAGGUUGGUUUGCCAAGGAUCCUAAUAUAUUGCGUCGAGUUGGCCAUAUACUUCUACAAGCACCACUUGCAAUUCAAUGCGGUCCUCGGCAAAUAAUUAUAGCGGAUGAUUGUUUUCAACAUCAAAUUGUUCCUCUUGACAGGAGUUCUCAAGUGCUGAUCAAAGCCACGGAGAAGCUUUUUGGAAGGCAAGUGUUGAAGCAUAUAAAUCUGGAGGACUACAUAAGUUCUAAAGUUCCUAGCUUGGAGACCUGCUCGAGCCAGAAAACAAAUGGUGAAGUGAAAACAUCUUCAUUAAAAUUACUUGCCAACAUUAUGCAAUUCAUUCAAAGACAUGAAUUUGGACUUAAGCAUGCUGAGUGGAUGGACAUAGUAAAACCUGAUCUCCAUCCAGCUGUUACAGCUCAGUUGCAUGGAAAAUUAGAGAUAUCCGAUGCAGAGAUUGAAAAUUCUAAAUCUGUUAGAAGUGAGAUGCGUGCUGCUAUAAAUUCGCUUUUGAAGGAUGAAAGAAUUUUGGUGAUCCCUACUGUAGCUGAUCCUCCUCCAAAAUUAGGUGGGAAAGAGAUUCUAUCACAGGAUUAUCAGAGCCAUAUGUUUAGUGCGCUAAGUAUUGCUAGCAUAUCGGGUUGCUGUCAGGUCACAAUCCCACUGGGAUUCUACGACAAGUAUCCUGUUUCAGUGUCCUUAUUAGCUCGGCAUGGUGGUGAUCGCUUUUUACUUGACACACUACAGACCAUGUACACAACUCUCCAAGAGCAGGCUGAUAUUGCUUCCAAAAGUAAACCAUCAAGCAAUGUUGUCAGUAAGGAACAAUCUGCUGAAAUUGCCAAAGAGAAGGGAAAUCAAGCCUACAAAGAUAAGCAGUGGCAGAAAGCCAUUGGAUUUUAUACAGAAGCUAUCAAACUCUGUGGAGAUAAUGCGACAUACUACAAUAACAGGGCUCAAGCAUAUCUAGAACUUGGAAGUUACCUCCAAGCUGAGGCAGAUUCUACAAAAGCUAUUAACAUUGACAAGAAGAAUGUGAAGGCGUAUUUUCGUAGAGGUACAGCUAGAGAGAUGCUAGGCUACUAUAAGGAUGCAUUUGAUGAUUUUACAUAUGCUCUGGUACUUGAGCCAACCAACAAAAGGGCAGCUACUGCUGCUGAAAGGUUGAGGAAGCUAUUCCAGUAGGUAGUAGUAGGUACAUAACUGUGAGCACAAGAUUUGAGCUGAACACCCCAGAAUCGCGGCGCUGGUGGCCAAUUUAUGCCCUGAGAUGAUUGAUGAGUUUCUAGUUGCAAUUAUCGUAGUGGAGUUAUGACGUUUGGUUUCUGCAAAUGAUAAUGAUUCUUUUGUCCAUCGUGGCUACGUAAUCAGUUUUAGACAUAGAAAGCAUGUAUUGCAUAAGCUUUUCAGGUUCCAGGACAGUAGCAUGUUAUUGCGAGAAUGAGUCCCAAUUUUGCUCGAGGUAAAUAUAUUAGGAUCGUGAUGUGUCAAGGGAGGCGUAUACUCAGUAUUCAACUGUGCAUUUCUCAUAAAAGUGGACUAGAUUGUACUUCACAGGUUUAAAUCCUUUUUUUUCAGUCGAAGUGACAUCUUAUGGUCAAUCAAAAAUUGAAGCAUUUAUGCA